UAAAUUACUAAAAAAGAACAGGUAUGUGUACAAACAAAUAUAUUUCUAUAAUCAUUCACGAAUUCUCGUAUAAAUAUUAAAUACUCUUGAGCUGGAAUUAUUUCAUAUUUGUUAAGUUUUUGUGGUCAGUUGUCGUAUUUCCGCAAUUCUGCGAUAAACAGUGUGAGGACCCUCGGUGUUUUUCGUCUCGUCGGCGCCGGAAAUAACUCUCGUUCCAUUAAACCUUUCGUUAUUUCAAAUUAUGUAAUCUACAGAAUUUGGCGGUUCAAUGAUCAAAAGCUGCAAAAGUGUUGUUCCUGUCGACAUCUGCCCGCUAGUUUACCGGGGACCAUUGAAUGUUGAACAGCGUAGAGUGUAGACGCUCCGACUAGAUUUAGGGUAAGUGAGCUGAAGAAGUCAAUGUCAGCUCGAAUGCUCAAUCCGGAGUGGAUCCAUAUUGGAAGGCUGUAUGUUUUCCGAGGCUCUCAAGUAGUGACUAACCUACUGACUAUAAUAUAUACUAAAGAAAACGUGCUGUAAUUCCAAAAUGGAUCAAAUGUUACCGAGCCCGGGGUUCAGUAUUCCCAGUAUUGGAACCCCAGUACAUCAACCAGAAGAAGAUCAGCAGAUUAUGCAAAUGCCACCGCUACAACCACAAAGUCUAGCCAUGAGUACCAGUAGUCUGCCAUCUCAACAACAGUCGAUGAAUAAAAUAUAUCAGACAAACAACAUGGGUUACGCCACACCACACAGCAUGAUGCAUUCACAAACACCUGUACAUCAAAGUAUGCCAUCUUUGACGUCCAUCAGUUCAUCUUCUUCGACUGUCCCAGCGCUACAAACUAUUCAAAACCCAGCAACGCCUGCCCCGAUGACACCUAUGACACCAGCUUCUGCUGAUCCCGGAAUUGUACCUCAACUCCAGAAUAUAGUGUCGACGGUAAAUCUUGGAUGUCGGCUUGACCUGAAAACUAUUGCUUUACAUGCACGUAAUGCUGAAUUUAACCCUAAACGAUUUGCAGCUGUCAUAAUGAGAAUACGUGAACCACGUACUACAGCACUAAUCUUUAGUUCUGGUAAAAUGGUGUGUACUGGUGCAAAAAGUGAAGAAGAUUCCAGACUGGCAGCAAGAAAAUAUGCUAGGAUCAUUCAAAAACUCAGCUUUCCCGCCAAGUUUUUAGACUUUAAAAUUCAAAACAUGGUAGGCAGUUGUGAUGUGAAGUUUCCUAUACGUCUUGAGGGAUUGGUACUCACUCAUGGCCAGUUUAGCAGUUAUGAACCAGAACUUUUUCCUGGACUUAUUUACAGAAUGGUUAAACCGCGUAUUGUAUUACUGAUUUUUGUUUCUGGAAAAGUUGUACUGACAGGUGCCAAAGUACGUCAAGAAAUUUAUGAUGCAUACGAUAAUAUUUAUCCAAUAUUGAAAAGCUUUAAAAAAAACUAAAUUAUUAUGUAUACAGUGUUUAUUUAAAUGUAUGUAUUAUUUUUUAUUAUUAAUGUUUAAGAAUUUAAUUUUAUCUUGAUAUAUUUAAUUUAAAGUUAAGUUGUUUUAUUGUACAAAAACGUAGAUUAUUUUUGCUGGAUAUUUUCAUAUUUAUUAUAAAAUAUAGUUAAAAAAUUGAAGCUAAAUUAGAUAUUGAGACCUCGGAGUGCCACUAAAAAUAUUUAUAAAUAUUCAUUGAAUUUAUUAUGUUAUUCAUUCAAGUAUUUAACGUAUAUAGCUAAACUACUACUUUCCAUUAAUGUAAUAACUUAGAUUUAAUUUUCCUCAAAAAGUCAUAAUAAUUGUAUACAAAUAAAAUUGAUUAUCCAUAAAAAUUAAUUUAUAGCAUUUAUUUAAGCUAUAAUCUAUAGUUAAUAAAUAAUAAUCAAUAAAGCGUA